UUGAGCGAGUAACGGAGGUUCCAUUCACACACAAAGGGAGAAACACGAACGGUAUCGUAGCGUAAACUAUAUUCCGUAACUUCACAGCAGACCGUGAAAAUUGAGUGGUAGAUUUUGACAGCCGUAAAAUCAAGAGAGAGAAAGAAGUGUUCUGUGUGGAUUCCCUAUAAUUUCUGCCAGGCAGAUAAGACCCGAAGGCUACUCCCAAGGAACACUGUCUGCGAAAAGGAUGACUUUGCCAGCCUCUCUAGAUUAAUCGGACACUACAGCCUACUUGCAAGUGCAAGUUCGCUGGCACUUUGAAGAAGACAAAUUGGGCAGUGAGCGAGGAUGGCGUGUAACUUGCUGGAUCUGGGUUGGUGCCUGCUUUUUGCACUGGUUUUACACAGGUCGAGCUGCGCUGCGGCGAAGGAGCAUCAAUGCCAGGAGAUAUCUGUGCCCUUAUGCAAAGGUAUUGGGUACAACUACACCUACAUGCCCAACCAGUUCAACCACGACACACAGGACGAGGCAGGACUGGAGGUGCACCAGUUUUGGCCCCUAGUGGAAAUCAAGUGUUCUCCGGACCUUAAGUUUUUUCUUUGCAGCAUGUACACUCCUAUUUGCUUGGAGGACUACAAGAAGCCCCUGCCGCCCUGUCGGAGUGUAUGCGAGAGAGCCAAGGCGGGCUGCGCGCCUCUCAUGAGGCAGUACGGAUUCCCAUGGCCAGACCGAAUGAGAUGCGAUUUAUUACCUCUGCGAGGUAACCACGAAACACUAUGCAUGGACGACAACAGGAGCGAGACUACGACUGUUUCUCCCGUCGUCGCAAAGCCCACAAAUCGCCCUGUGAAACCAGUAAACCCGCGAAAGAGCAAGAACGGACAUGGCCGUUCGAAUGUCCCCAGUAAACACAAACCUCCUAGUUCUUCUUGCGAACCUCGGUGUCAGUGUCGCGCUCCCAUGGUUCCAGUCAACAGCGACAGCCAUCCUCUUUAUAACCGAGUCAAAACAGGACAGACACUCAACUGCGCAAUGCCUUGCCACAACCCGUUCUUCACCCAGGACGAAAGGACAUUUACUGCAUUCUGGAUAGGGCUGUGGUCGGUGCUAUGUUUUAUCUCCACUUUUGCAACGGUGGCGACUUUUUUAAUCGACAUGGAACGGUUCAAAUACCCGGAGAGACCCAUUAUAUUCCUAUCGGCUUGUUACAUGUUUGUUUCGGUCGGCUACAUCGUUAGACUAAUUGCUGGACACGAACAAGUGGCUUGCAACCGGGAACAUGACAUUGAGCACAUCCACUAUGAGACCACUGGUCCUGCGCUUUGUACAAUUGUUUUUCUUCUCAUCUACUUCUUCGGUAUGGCCAGUUCUAUUUGGUGGGUCAUUCUGUCUCUCACCUGGUUCCUGGCCGCGGGGAUGAAAUGGGGGAAUGAGGCCAUAGCGAGCUACUCGCAGUAUUUUCAUUUAGCUGCCUGGCUGAUACCUAGCAUGAAGUCAAUUGCUGUGUUGGCGUUGAGCUCUGUGGACGGGGACCCUGUGGCUGGAAUAUGCUAUGUUGGUAAUCAGAACUUGGAUAGCCUCCGGGGCUUCGUUUUGGCGCCCUUGGUUAUCUAUCUGUUCAUUGGGACUAUGUUUCUCCUGGCUGGGUUUGUGUCACUGUUCAGGAUCCGAAGUGUUAUAAAACAAGGAGGGACAAAAACGGACAAGUUGGAGAGACUAAUGAUCCGGAUAGGGAUUUUCACAGUGCUGUACACUGUCCCAGCCACUAUUAUAGUAGCAUGCUACUUCUACGAGCAGCACAACAGACAGACUUGGGAAAUAACCCACAAUUGUUCAUGCUUGUUGGAUUAUGAAAUGCAGAAGCCGGACUAUGCUGUGUUCAUGCUCAAAUAUUUCAUGUGCCUUUUGGUUGGCAUCACGUCCGGCGCGUGGGUCUGGUCGGGAAAAACUCUUGAAUCCUGGAGGACUUUCUGCACCCGCUGCUGCUGGGGCAAUAAGGCCACGACCGGAUCAAUGUACAGUGAUGUUAGCACGGGACUGACGUGGAGGUCUGGCACUGCAAGCUCGGUCUCUUGUCCCAAGCAGAUGCCUUUGUCACGGGUUUGAAAAGGAAGAAUGGAACACUAAUUUUGUUGGGAUUGUCCAUCAGCAUGUUCCAAUUAGCACAUUAACGAGCACCUAAUGAUUUCUCUUCAUAUAUAAUGAUCCAAUUUACAACCAUAGAAUCUGAAUGAGAUGUGAUUAUGUGGUUAGAACAAUGUACCUGGCAUUUAAGGCUUAUCAAAUUGAAUGCGCCUAUUUUAGUUUGGCUAAAGAUAAAAUGUAGUUACUCUUGGGGGCCAGUGUAAGUUGAUAUUGCUUAAAACAUUGACUGUACACUCUUCGACAGAACCAGUUUGUUUCAAACACAUCAAUUACCUCUUAAACAUGAAAGUAGCUUAUCAAAUGGUUUAAUGUAGGUCUGUAAUCAUACGGGUUUCGUUGGUGCUUAUGUAUUUAUAUAAUUAUUAAUUGUAAAAACAUUGUACAUUUGUAUAUAACAUUUAUACCAGAUUGUAAAUAUGUAUAAUUCAAUUUGAUAGAAUAUCUUUAUUUUGAGAAUAA